GGCACAUCUAGGAAUUUCUGGACGGUCCACCUUAAAUACAUUCUCCCAUAAAACAAUACCUACUGCCUCCGAGCUCCAGCUUCGCAGUCGUUUUGAAAAGAAAGAACCGCUCGCUCGAUACCUCCACAGCAGGUACUUUACGAGCUUGCGGUUUCUUAUUGGUCAAUUAGUGGCUUUAUAUUUUAGUGUUUCAGAAGAUGUUGCCUCUUUCUCUACUGAAGACGGCACAGGGUCAUCCUAUGUUGGUAGAACUGAAGAAUGGGGAGACUUACAAUGGGCAUUUAGUGAAUUGUGACACUUGGAUGAACAUUCACCUUCGUGAAGUUAUCUGUACCUCAAAGGAUGGGGACAGGUUUUGGCGAAUGCCAGAAUGUUACAUCCGUGGGAAUACAAUUAAGUAUCUUCGAGUUCCGGACGAGGUGAUUGAUAAAGUUCAGGAAGAAACCAAGAGCCGCUCAGAUAGGAGGCCUCCUGGAGUAGGCCGUGGAAGGGGAAGAGGGAGAGAGGAUGGUGCUGGUGGGAGGCAGGCAAAAGGCAUUGGGCGUGGCCAAGAUGAUGGAGGCGCUAAAGGCAUGGGUGGAGGCCGAGGCAGGGGUGGUACUGGUGGCAAGAGUGGUGCCAACAGAGGUGGAGGUCGUGGACGUGGCUGAUACAAAGUAAAGGAUUAGACGCUAAGGGUGGCACUUGCAAAGGUGCACUGUUCCUUGCUGACAAAUGGCGAAUGAAAAAAUUGGUGGAUAUAAUAUCACUGUGUUGGUGGUUGUAGUUGUUUCAGAAGAAACAUUUCUUCUAAGGGGUUAGAUGUGUCAUUUGAAAAGAGGAAAAAAGGG